AUGGCACCCACGACCAAGAAAGUGCCAAGGCCAGUCUUCAAGACAUCGUCGCCUUUUACAGAGACUACAUGUCCAUCGGUAUCACCUGAAGACCAAGAGAUUAUAUCAGAGCUACUAUGCAAUCUACUCGCACCCUUGGGCGAGCAUCGGAGGGCAUACAUCCAGCCCUCGAGGAGUAAGAAACGGAAGAGAAAUGACAAGGCACACUCAGACGAUUUUGCAACUCCUUCAACGCCAGCUGUAGGAUCUCAUAUCCUCAUCGGUUUAAACAGCGUAACAAGAUAUCUCGAGGCUCUUGCCGCGAGCUCUGCACCACACACUGUGCCAGUCAAGGAUGCAGACAAUGUCGACAAGGAUGUUUCAACUACCCAAGCCGACACAGAGAUGCUGUCCACGACUAUGCUCAAGCACUUUAGCAUGGUCGUCCUGACACACCCUCAGCCCUCACUCUCUCCUUCACACGCUCACAUACCAACACUACUGCACCUCGCGACACGGCAAACAACGCCGACGACUAAGGUGUCAGAGCCUACACGCCUCGUUGCUCUCUCGACUUCCAAUGAUGCUCGCUUUGCAAAUGCACUGCACAUACCUCGUGUUGGUGCUAUUGGCAUCUAUGAGGACUCACCUGGCGCUAAGGCGGUAGAAGAGUAUGUGAGGAAACAUGUGGGGCUGACAGAAUGUCUGUGGGUUGAUGAGGCCACGAAGCCGGAAUGGCGGGGUCUUAACGUGCAGCAAGCAUGA